CUCACAAGCGUACUUGCUGGGGGUUAUCCACAGGCAUUGAUAUUUCCCAGGCUGGGUCAAGCGCUUCUGAGUUGGCAUGGCUUGCCUCCUGAUGGCUAUAGGAAGCCAGUUGUAUUAAACUAAGCGGGCACUCCAUUAGCAGCAAAUUGCGCACGCGGGAACAAUGGAGCGGGUUGUCAGCGGGCUGGACCCUGACGCGAUACCGUCAGAUGAAAAUGUUUCAAGCUCGCUGCCAACUACACGUGUCGACCGCUUGCUCCGCGAGCGCAUUCGGCGGAACAGAAGCCACCAGGCUUUUGAUGUGUAUGAGGACCCGCCGCCCGAGGACCCGGUGCUUGAAACGGUGCCGGAGCCCCCGCUGGCCGCUCGGCUCGUGGUCGUCGCCAAUCGGCUGCCGGUCACGUGCAGCAAGGACAGCAACGGGCGGUGGCAGCUGCAGUCCUCCGCGGGCGGGCUGGUGUCUGCGCUCAAGGGCGUGAGUAACUACGUGACGCUGUGGAUCGGCUGGCCCGGCAUCUGGGUCAAGGCCGGCCGCGAGCGGGACGAGCUGACGGCCAUGCUCAAGAGCGAGGGCUACUGCCCCGUGUGGAUGGACCACACGCUGCUGGACCUGUACUACAACGGCUUCUGCAACAGCGUGCUGUGGCAGCUGUUCCACUACGUGCCGCUCAACAUCGACAGCUGGCAGAAGAUGGCGGAGCACCGCGCCAUGCAGAUGCAGUGGCAGGCCUACCAGGUGGCCAACGAGAAGUUCGCGGACGUGGUUCUGGAGGAGUACAGCUCGCAGGACGUGGUGUGGGUGCAGGACUACCACCUCAUGCUGCUGCCCAGCCUGCUCAAGCAGGCCGUGCACAAGAUGAAGGUGGGCUUCUUCCUGCACACGCCCUUCCCCUCCUCCGAGAUCUACCGCACACUGCCCGUGCGCGAGGAGGUGCUCCGGGCGGUGCUGGCUGCCGACCUGGUGGGCUUCCACACCUACGACUACGCCCGCCACUUCAUCUCCAGCUGCACCCGCAUCCUGGGGCUGGAGGGCACGCCCGAGGGCGUGGAGAACAACGGCGUGCUGACGCGCGUGGGCACCUUCCCCAUCGGCAUCGACCCGGAGCGCUUCACGCGCGCGCUGGAGAGCGAGGAGGUCAACAGCCAGACCGCCAAGCUGCUCAACAGAUAUGCGGGCCGCAAGAUCAUGCUGGGUGUGGACCGGCUGGACAUGGUCAAGGGCAUCCCGCAGAAGCUCCUGGCCUACGAGAAGUUCUUGGAGGAGCACCCCGAGUGGAGGGACAAGGUGCUGCUGGUGCAGAUCGCGGUGCCCUCCCGCACUGACGUGCCCGAGUACCAGAAGCUGCGCAGCAUGGUUCACGAGAUCGUGGGUCGCAUCAACGGGCAGUACGGCACGCUGACGUACGUGCCCAUCUACCACCUGGACACCUCGCUGUCCUUCACCGAGCUGUGCGCGCUGUACGCCGUGACGGACGUGGCGCUGGUGACCAGCCUGAGGGACGGCAUGAACCUGGUGAGCUACGAGUACGUGGCCUGCCAGAGCGACAACGCGGGUGUGCUGGUGCUGUCCGAGUUCGCCGGCGCCGCACAGUCCCUGGGCGCGGGCGCUCUGCUUGUGAACCCCUGGAACAUCUCCGACAUGGCCACCGCCAUCUACGACGCCCUGUCCAUGAGCGAGGACGAGCGGCGCGAGCGGCACCGGCAGAACUACAUGCACGUGCAGACCCACACGGCGCAGCACUGGGCGGACACGUUCAUCACCGAGCUCAACGACACACACAUUGAGGCGGACCUGCGCAUGCGGCACACGCCGCCGCCGCUGGACGUGCAGGAGGUGGUCCGCGCCUACCAGUCCUCGCGGCGGCGCCUGGUGGUUCUGGGAUACAACGCCACACUCACAACCAGCGUGGAGGCGCCCAGGCUGCCCAAGCGCCAGUUCGAGCAGGUCAAGGCGCUGGCCAAGGUCAACCCGCGCGUGAUGCAGUCCGUGUGCGAGCUGUGCACGGACCCGAACAACGUGGUGGUUAUCUUCAGCGGCAGCGAGACCUCCAAGCUGGACGAGGUGUUUGGCCACCUGCCCGUGUGGCUAGCAGCGGAGAACGGCGUGUACGUGCGCCCGCCCGCGGCGCCGCUGCCGGGGGGGCCGGGAGGAGGAGCCGGAGGGGCGGGCGGGGGAGGAGGAGGCGGCGGCGGCACGCCCAAGGCGCCGGCGCUGCCGCGCGGGCAGAGCCUGCCGGGCGGCGCGCCAGCGCACCAGCAGCAGCAGGAGCCUCGGCCGCCGCUGCCGCAGUGGAAGUGCGUGUUCGACCAAGUGCACUGUGAGUGGAUGGAGUCGGUGCAGCUGGUGUUCGACUACUUCUGCGAGCGCACGCCGAGGUCGUUUGUGGAGGCGCGCGAGACCAGCCUGGUGUGGAACUACAAGUACGCUGAUGUGGAGUUCGGCCGAAUCCAGGCUCGCGACCUGCUUCAGCACUUGUGGACGGGCCCCAUCAGCAACGCCCCCGUCGAGAUCAUCCAGGGCGGCAAGAGCGUGGAGGUCCGGCCGGUGGGUGUGACCAAGGGCCUGGCUAUGCAGCGGCUGGUGGGCAUCAUCGCCACAGAGGGCGGCAUAGAGGCGGCGGCCUUUGACAUGGUGCUGUGCAUAGGCCACCUGCUGGGCCGCGAUGAGAACCUCUUCUCCCUCUUCGAGGGCGCGCGCAUCGACGGCGCCGCGCCCGCGCACAACAGCCGGUCUGAGCGAUUCGCGGCGGCGGCCGCCGCCGCAGCCGCCGCGGCCGCCAACGGCGGCGCCGGCGGCCAGGCGCUGAACGACAUGCUGGGGUCGGCGCUGGGCGGGCGCGGCGGGCGCGGCGCGGCGGCGGCGGCGGCCGCGGCGGCAAGCCUGCAGGCGAGCCACACGCGCAGCAGCAGCACGGGCGGCAUCAACUUGUCCACGGUGCUCGAGGUGCCGCCGGGCACGGCGGCGGCGGCGGCGGCGGGCGGUGGAUCCGGCAGCGCGCAGCGCCAUGCGGCGCUUGCCGCGGCGGCGGCGGCGGGCGGAUCAAAGGCGCCUUCCGGCCUGGCGCAGGCGCUCGCAGCGCAGGGCCACCAUUCGCAGCAGCCGCACCCGCAGCAGCCGCCCAUGCUGCACCUGCCAGGGCACGGGCAGCACGGUCAACACGGGCAACACGGGCAAGGCGGUCAAGGCGGUCAACACGGGCAACACGGACUCGGCUCCCAAAGCCCCUUCCUGGCCCACAGCACCACACCACUGCCGCACAGCACAUCGCCGCGAGCGCCCGGCGCCGUACAGAUGGCGGGCGGGCCCGGCGGCGCGGCGGCGCACGGCGGGGCGGGCCCGGUGGCUGGGUCCAGCGCGGGAGCGGCGGGCGGGCUGGCGGGCGCGAGCGGCCUGGGGGCGGGUGUGGGCGCGGGUGUGGGUGUGGGUGCGGGGCGGCACCUGACGGCGGCGCAGCUGGCCACGCAGCAGCACCUGCUGCAGCAGACACAGCAGCAGCUAGCAUUACUGCAGCUGCAGCAGCACCAGCAGCAGCAGGCAGCGGCGGCGGCGGCGCAGCAGGCGGCGGCGCAGCAGGCGGCGGCGAGCCGAAGCGGCGGCGGCGCGUCCACGAGCGGCGGCGGCGCGCCGCCGCCGGCGAUGGCGGGCCCAAUGGAGCGACGCGGCCGUCACGGCCACCGCGCGCCCGGCUCCUCCAUCAGCAUGGACCGCAUGGACAUGGGCCGGGCCAUUGCCAACGCCAUGGCGGCAGCCUCCGGGCCCAGCGUGGCGGACAGGCUGGCCGGCAUCUUCCCGCCCAAGUACCUGUACACCUGCACCGUGGGCCGCAACCGCAGCAAAGCCAGGUACGCCCUGGCCACCAGUGCGGAGGUGGGCGACCUGCUGGAGGCCAUUGUGCAGCAGGCCAUCUACCACCGACCGCCCGCCGCCGCCUGCGCCGCCUCCGCGCCCGCCGACUUCUCCCUGGGGCAGUACGGCAGCUACGUGGCGGGCAGCAGCCUGUACGGCAUCGGAUCCAGCGUCAUGACUAACGCCAUGAUGGUGCUGGGGCCCGGCGGCAGCAUGGGGCCGCCCGGCACGGCGGGCGCCGACGGCGGCGGGGGCGCUGACGUGGGCGUUGACGGUGGUGGGGUUGGUGGCCUGAGCAGCGGGUCCAGCGGCGGGCCGCUGAGCCCGGACACAAUGCUGCACAGCCUCAUGGCGCAGGCGGCGCACCUGCGCAACUUCAGUCUGGCGGAGCGGCACGGCUCCGUAGCCACCGCCAUUGCCAGCGAGGAGGCCGCCUCCCUGCCGCACUCGCCCGGGCCCGUGUCCGACUACAUACACCAGCAACAACAGCAGCAACAACAGCAGCAGCAACAGCAACAACAGCAGCAGUACCUGCAGCAACACGGCCCUCCGCACCUCGCCUCCUUCUCCAGCCACCCGCCGCCCUCCAUCGGCGGCGGCGGCAGCGGCGCGGCCGGCGGCGUCUCGGCGGCGUCGCACCACCACCAGCACUUGCCGCCGUCGCACCAGCACCCGCACCACCACCACCAUCACAACCACAACCACCAGAGCAGCACUAGCGACAGCCACCAGGGGGGACACCACAGCUCGCACUCCGGCGGCGCAGCCGCCGCCACCACCGCCGGCGCCUCGCCACGCCAUGCCUCCUCCUCGCUUCACAGCGGCGGGGCCGGCUCCAUCGCGUCAGGGCUAGGGUUAGGGCUGGGGCUGGGGCUGGGCGCGUUGCCGCCACACCUGGCCGUGAUGAUGAACGCGGGUUGUGGGCACGACAGCGAUGACGGCAGCGGCGACGGCAGCGGCACCGGCCUGGCAGUGGUCGGGCACGCGGGCCCGGCCUUCAUGGCGACGCAGCAGCCAGUGCUGCAGCCGCCGCUCGCGGCCGCGGCAGGCGCGGCUGCGGCAGGGGCGGGCGGCGGAGCGCUGAGCAACGGGCGGUUGCAGGGCGGAGGCGGAGGCGUGGGCGCGGCAGUGGCGGGGUUGGGGCAGGCUGCUGGCACGCCUGGGGGGGCAGGGGCGCAACAGCAACGCCAGGAAUGAGCGUGUGUGUCUGGGGGGUGAGCGAUUGCGUGCAGUUUGUAAAAGCGUGGUGCGUUCGGACGGGGGCCAUGUCACGUUGGGAAGGCACAGGGACAGCCUAGACAGGGACAGAGAAGAAGAAGAACAUAUACUGCAAGGAAGCCAGGCGCGUUGCAUGCGAGCUCUUCCGUUUUAUGUACUGUGGAGCGCGCCGGGACCGCCUGCCCGACGUGGCGGUGUCACUGAUUUCAUUCGUUGACGUGGCGUUGCUGUUGCUCCAUGGGUGUGGGGCGUAAGAGGUGUUGGGCUCGGCUUGGAGUUCCCCUUUUUGACUUACAGCCUGGCGCCGUUUGCUUUUCACCUGGAAGGAGUUGUCCGUCCGUAUUUCAGUUUCGGCCCCGCCGUUACCCCCUAGUCCUGGGAUGGUUAUAAGUUGACUGUAUGGCAGGUGUUUCUGGUGUGGGUGCUGUGGUGUUCCUCUGUGCGGCUGCGUGGAGUGGCUGGGAUGGCGCCAGAGCUGCAGCGACCUGCAAAGACCUGCAGAGACCUGCAAAGACCGGCGGGAGCCUCCAUAGCCACCUCUGUCACGUACAUUGCCGUUCGCGGCCGCAGGGCCCAGGGCCGUGGCUGCUGCGUGUUCAUUGAGUUGGGGCGGGGCGGGCGCUCUCCACCACUGCGACCACGCACUUGUACCGAACGGCCACAACCCCU